UUCAAGAGCAAUAGGCCCCAGGCGGAUUUCAACUGUCAGACACUUUGCGCGAUGGACUCCCAACCACCGCCAAAGCCGUGGGAACGGCGUAUUCCUGGGACGAUUGGCACACCUGUAAAUUACAGGUCUACGGACUUUGGACAUCCUGCAGGCCUUUCUGUGUCUACCGGUCCUCCUGUCCUGACCAGAGUUGCACCACCGUUGCCUCCUCGUCCCGUCCAGCAGUCAUACCGUCCAGCUUACAGCUCCUUCACCUCUUCUUACAGUCCCUAUAGGGGCUCCAUGUAUGGGGGCUACAGCCCCUACAGCUACAGCGGUGGCUACGGCCUUGGAGGAUAUGGUCGCUUUUCGCACGCAGAGGAGGUUGUCCCCAGUCGCUUUGUCCAACAGGCAGAAGAAAGCAGCCGUGGUGCUUUCCAGUCCAUUGAAAGCAUUGUGCAAGCCUUCGCCUCGGUUAGCAUGAUGUUGGACGCCACAUUUUCAGCUGUAUAUAACAGCUUCCGCGCUGUGCUGGACGUGGCCAACCACUUGACGCGGUUACGAGCACAUCUCACCAGGGUUUUGUCAGCAUUUGCUUUGGUGCGCACCUUGAGAUACCUCUACCGGCGGCUACAGAGACUGCUGGGACGGAGGUCAGAUGCUGAGGUUGAGGAUUUGUGGGCAGACAGUGCAAGCGAUGCCCUGGCUACUAGUGCACCCAGAGGCCCUGGAGCAGCAAUGGACGAUCAAACUGUUAAGUCGUGGCCAAUCUUUCUAUUUUUCGCUGUUGUUCUGGGGGGACCCUACCUAAUAUGGAAACUGCUCAGUUCUGCCCCUGGCUCUGAAGACAGGGCCACAAACUGGGCCAGCGGGGAGGAUGACCACGUCGUGGCAAGAGCGGAGUAUGACUUCACAGCUUCCACUGAGGAGGAGAUUUCUUUCCGGGCUGGAGAUAUGCUCAACCUCGCACCUAAAGAACAACAGCCACGCGUGCGUGGUUGGCUGCUGGCCAGCCUGGAUGGUCAGACCGCAGGCCUCGUCCCAGCCAAUUACGUCAAGGUCCUCGGCAAGAGGAAAGGCCACAAACACGUAGAGAUGGAGAGGCUCACUCAGGUUCAGCAAGGGAACUCGCUGGCCUCCCGGACUGACGCCGCUGCAAAUGUGAAUCCAUCACCUGAGGAGUUAUUAGAGUCUGUGUACAAAGCAACACCGACUUCCACCGGCGAGGAACCUUCCAAGUCCAACUCCAGCACGGUGGUUAACAUCCCGGAGAAAAAUGAUCUGUGAUGGUUUUGUGAGAAAUGUGUUUGAACGUAUGUCAGAGAUUAUUAUUACAGCGCUCAACUCAGUCAGGUGCUUGCUGUGUUUCACUGUUAAAGCUGACUCGAUAGAUCAACGUAGAACUUUGUUGUCGUUAAAUAAUUUAUAAGGAAAGGUUUAUGUAUAAUCCUGCUGUUUUAAAAGCAAGAUUGUCAUCAUGAUGGUUAAAUGAGAAACUCUUUUGCUUCAUUUCAUAAUUGGUUUCUUAAUUGAAAUAAGUACAAUAUGUUCGUAAUAAAGAGCUAAUUUUGCACAGCCUAAAACACCAUACUAGUGGUAUAAAUACAAAUAUUUUGGAAAAUAAAGUCUUUUAAAAACUUGAAA